AUGAGAGAGUUUUGGACAUCUUUAGCGUCUCUCAUGGGCGUCUGGGCCUUCUGUCAAAGCAUACUCCACACCGUUUUCCCACCAGAACUCCGUUUCGCCUCGAUAAAAUUAUUUCAACGGAUUUUCCACUGGGCUUCGUCUUACUGCUACUACGACAUUACGGAGAUUGACGGUGUCAACACUAACGAACUCUACAAUGCGGUCCAGCUCUACCUUUCCAGCUCCGCAUCCAUUACCGGCAACCGGUUGAGUCUUACCCGCGGCCUCAACUCCUCGGCCAUCACUUUCGGGCUUUCCAAUAAUGAUCGGCUCAUCGAUACUUAUAACGGCAUUGAAGUUAUAUGGGAGCAUGUCGUCACGCAGAGACAGUCACAAACGUUCUCGUGGCGUCCCCUGCCCGAGGAGAAACGCGGGUUUACCCUUCGAAUACACAAGAAAAAUAAGAAAAUUAUAUUGGACUCGUAUCUUGGUUUUAUUAUGGAGAGAGCGAAUGAAAUUAGGAGGUCAAAUCAGGAUAGAUUGUUGUACACCAAUUCCCGAGGAGGAUCUUUGGAUGCGCGUGGACAUCCAUGGGAAUCCGUGCCGUUUAAACAUCCUAGUACAUUCGACACACUUGCGAUGGAUCCUUGUAAAAAGUACAGGAUCAUGUCUGAUCUUAAGGAUUUUGCUGAUGGUGAAGCUUUUUAUAAGAGGACCGGCCGGGCAUGGAAGCGCGGCUAUUUGUUGUACGGUCCUCCUGGUACGGGGAAGUCUAGUAUGAUCGCGGCGAUGGCGAAUUAUUUGGGUUAUGAUAUUUAUGAUCUGGAAUUGACGGAAGUGCACACGAAUUCCGAGUUGAGGAAGUUGUUGAUGAAGACUAGUUCGAAGUCUAUUAUUGUGAUUGAAGAUAUCGAUUGUUCGAUUAAUUUGACGAAUAGAAAGAAGAGUAAUGGAAAUGUUGUUCCUGGUAGGGGUCUGGACGGACCCCUGCCAGAAGAAAUGAGAGGCGAGGAGGGUGCCAAUACGAUUACUUUAUCCGGUUUAUUAAAUUUUACUGACGGAUUAUGGUCCUGUUGUGGGAGUGAGAGGAUAUUCGUGUUCACUACUAAUCAUGUGGAGAAACUGGAUCCAGCAUUGUUAAGGAGUGGGAGAAUGGAUAUGCAUAUAUUCAUGAGCUAUUGUUCGUUUGAUUCGUUGAAAAUACUUUUUAAAAAUUAUUUGGAGUACGAAGAAGGAGACGUUGAUGAAGAUCUGAUGAAGGAAUUGAGGGAAAUCAUAGAUAAAGCCGAAAUGACACCUGCUGAUAUCAGUGAGCUUCUGAUCAAGAACAGGAGAGACAAGGAAAAAGCUGUUUGGGAAUUGUUGGAGACACUGAGAUUUAAGUCUGAGAAGAAAGAGAAAGGAAAUGUGAUUCAAGAGAAGAGGGCAUUGGAGACUAGUCCAAAGGAAUGUGGUGGUGGAGGUGAUCAUCAGCUUGUCAAACAAUGUCAAGAAAUUAGUGUUGAGAAUAUGAUUUAAUCACAUAGUUUAAAUUGUUUCAUGUUAAUUUUAGCAAGUCUUUUGUUUAAAUUAUGAGCAUUAUGGUGGGGGAUAGAGAGUCUGAGAUGAGGAGAUUUGGAAGGAAAAGCCAUCAUUUCUUUUUACAUAAUACUUGCAAGAACAGCCAAUCAGGCUCUCAUGUAUAAUAUACUUUAGUACAAGGUAUGUUCUGUGGAGUAUGAUUAUGAAUUUGCAUGUGGGGUGUGUUUGGCUAAAUGAAUUAGUUUCAUUUUUGAGCUAGAAAUGAAAGACAAUUGGAUGCUUAUGAUCAUUGAUGUCCAAACACUAAUAAUGCGGGCAUAUAA